GUUAGGGUUAGGUUAGGGUUUAGGUUAGGGUUAGGUUAAGGUUAGGGUAAGGGUUAGUAUUAGGGUUAGGGUUUAGUUUUGUGUUAGGAUAGUUUUUUCUACGUUAUAAAAACGAAAACCUUAUUUUGAAGUAUACUAUCUAGCGAUCACCAUUUGGCCAGAACCCCUCGUCGCACCGCGCGUAAGAAGGGGACUGUAUAGACCGCAACCAUUAGCAGUUUCUAUGGCAACAAUGUUAGCAUUCUAUUGAGCAGGCGAGGCUACCAAGCAACAAGAAGAACGAACAACGAGUCAAAAAGAAAAUGAACAACAAGUAUAAAAUCAAUUUUGAAGAGUUUUUGCGAUUCUUUGUUCGUCACUUAACUAGAUCAAUGGAGGAUUGAUUAUUUGUUAGGAUAUCGAUGUAAUAGUGGACAAAACAUGCUGAAGGUUUUAAUAUACGACGACAGUUCAAACAUUGAAGAUGGAAGUUUAUUUUGACAACACCACCGCAUUCUCGGAGCUCAGCAUAAACAAUGCACCACAGCUUCGCUGUAAUGGAGGCAAAUUUACGACAUGCGGCAAAUGCGAAGCGUGCGAGCUUAGUAGCCAACUGCUUUACACGAAAGAGUGGUUUCUACGAUGCUCUGAACAGACCCAACGUCAAUUUGUUUUGGGGCUUGUACACCGUUAUAAUUCAAUUGACCUCCACGAGUACACGAACGCCUUGCUAAUAACUUUAGAGGGGAAAGAUUUUUUGUAUGCAAGGUGUAGAAAUAGGCCGAGUCUGAAGGAAGAUAUGUCAGGAUCUGCCUCAAACCACGCUCUCAGUAAAGUACAAUUAAGAAGAGAUAUUUUAGAUUGUUUAAAUUGGUUCGAAUCUAGCCCCUACUGGACGAAGUGUAAUUUUAUGUUAGGUCUAAUGCAGUCAUGUAAUGCUCAGUUGUUGCAUAUUAUUGGCAAUGAAUCUCGUAGUUUUUGUUUGGUACAUGAUGAUCAAUAUUUGUCUGACACUGACAGCAAGCACAUUGAAGAUUUAGGUAAGUAAUAGUUUUAAACUUUUACAAGCUUUUGUUGGUUGGGGCCAUUCCAUUUAAUGUACACCACCCCCCUAUGGACGAGGUCCAUUUUGAACAAUAAAAUUUGAACCCCUAAGGAAAAAAAAGAUCAAAGUGCCCACACAAACACCCGCCCCCCCAGAAAUUUUUGCUUUACCCCUCAGAAAAAAUGCAAAGAUCAAAGGAUGCCGAUGCACACAACCCCUCAGAAAUGGCUUUUUCAACCCCCCUCAGAAAUUCUCGUCCAUAGGGGGGUGCAUACAUUAAAUGGAAUGGCCCUUGGGAUGCAACUACCUCGAAAAUAUAGGGAGAAUUUCGAGCAAAGGCCCUUUGUUUGGAGUAAUUACUAGCCAGGGUCGUAGUGAUGGGAGAUACCAGGAUUUUUAAUUUGAUACCGAUACUUUUAAGAUCGGUAUCGGCCGAUACCGAUACCUAUUUCGAUACCAAAAUGAACACAAAAUUUCAAUUUUCGAUACCGGAAGUGAGUACUUAAAUUGCUAGUAUCGGCCACUUGCAAUACCUGCCGGUUAACGGAAAAACAUUUUACAUUACUAUAUAUGUAACCUAAAUAAAGCUAUAUGUAAACCAAAAGCCCGAAACGUAAUAAAUAUUUUCUAUACAUGACUUGGCGCACCACAUUUGGAAUAUUAAGAGUUAUUUUAGUGGUUCAUUAAGUCUUAUUCAACCAAGAAGUGAAAUUAAACAAGUUGUUUAAAAAAGUGUGCAAAUAUCGAACGAUACCACGUCGGUAAUCGAUACCGAUACCACUGUUUGUGGUAUCGAAUACCGAGUACUCGGUAUCGCCAAUCACUACAGGGUCGGGAAAAUUACAUGAGCUUUGAUACUAUGUAAUGGCCUGUUUAUAUGGAAGCCGGAUUGGUCCGUUUACAAGACAGUAUAGAGAGACAGCCCAGUAAGCGAGAUGAAUUUCUCUUGUGUUUAUAUGAGAAAAUUUCAUUGCGCUUGCUGGGACAAAUUUGAUAUGGUUUUGACAGUUGGAAAACCAGAUAAACACACAAUAAUUUUUACUAUAAAAAUAACUACACACAUAGAUCUUGCUUACUUGGCUGUCUUGCUUAGCAGGCUAGCCCUGCAUUUGGUCAAAACAAAGUAUAUAAAACAAAAAAUGUAAAUCACAUUGCAGAAUACAUUAUACAAUAUAUCUCAUCAACUGGUUUAAUAGUCCCUUAGGGGUAGCAGUAGUGGAAUAAGUCAAAUGUGAACCUCUCAAAAGUGCCAAUUAAUGUUCAGGCCAGGGGUUUCAGGUGCAGGGUGUUAGCUACAGUCAAAAAUUCCAUGUUAAACACCGUUUUCCCAAUUACCUUGAGGUCGCAAUUUCCCAAUUUGGGUCAGCCAAAAAAUAGUUAUAGAAAUUCAAUGUUGUUAAUACGCCAUUAAAAACAUGUUUAUAUUAACUACAUUUGCUCAAAAUUACUCCCAAAAUGUGGGAAAUGCCAUUUCAAAGACACAAAAAUUUUAAAAAUCGAGAGGGCAACCGCAUGCCACCAGACCCACAAAGAAAUGCCCUACUUCAGUCUAAAAUAAAUUUCCCAAUUUCAGGUAAACACAGAUUUUUUUUUACUUCUGGCUAACACCCUGAGGUGCCAUAAUAGUCAUAUUUAUUAACCAUUUUAUGUUUCAUGUUUCGCUCGCUACUCUGGUUUAAAUAAAUGAUUACAAAGCCCAGUCGAAUUGUAAUCAAGACCCAACGUUUCGACACUCCAGUCUAGUGUCUUCAUCAGGGGUGAUCUAAAGAUGUAAUUGUGGCUUCUUAAUUAAUACCCAAGGGAUGACAUCACCUGCCAAUGAGAUGCAUGUAUAACUCCUCUGGCAAAUAGGCACCGGUCCAUCAUCCCUAUUCAAAGCAUGAUUACUCAUAUUUAUAUGCCACGCUUCUAGGCAAAGUCUUUGACCAUAGCGAUUGUUUGUGGUAAUUACUGUAGAGUUUUCCCACACAAUCUUGUGUUUGGUGUGACACACAUGUUCUGCUAAAGCUGAUUUUCUCUUGUCUAAAGUUGAAACAGCCUUUUGAUGUUCUUUUAGACGUGUACCAAACUGGCGUUUAGACUGACCCAAAUACUCUUUCUCGCAGUCACCGCAUGGUAUAGAAUAUACAGCAUGAGUUUUCUGAUUUGUUUUAACAGGAUCUUUUGGCUUUGCGAAAAUAUGGCCUAAAGUCAAAUAGGGUUUUAAGGCAACCUUAACAUUACAAUUAUUUAAUAUUUCCUUGAUUGGUUCUGUGGGGCCCUGUUAGGGGGGGUGUAGAUGUCGGCUGUCGCAGUUUUAAAAUCGUCAAUGUCGCUUUUUGAAACUUGUCAAAUGUCGCCGUCAGAAUUUCGCACGCGGAAUAGCGCAAUCACAUGGACAACACGUUUCUUGUAUAUCGGUCUCAUUGUAUAACCAUCAUUGUAGUAACUUGUUAAUAUUAACAAGUUACGACAAAAUGCAUUUAAAAAAUACUGUGAAAGAAUAUUCGACAUAUAUAUAGACUGUUAAUGCUAGCCUCAUUACAGAAACUUGAGUAGACUGAAUGUCUGAGCCUUCUCUGUGCCAACGUCGUUGUCGCUUUUUAAAAUAUAGCCCUGUCGCUGUCGAAAAUAAAUAAAACAGUGUCGCUGUCGCUUUUUCGCCCUUCUUUACCGUCGUUCGUCGGGAUUUCAAAACUGCGCUGUCGCCUAAAAAUGGGCCCUGUCAGCUGUCACAACUUACCCCUAACAGGGCCCCUUCUGUGACACCUUGAAUGUAUGGAACUAUUGCAUGGAACUAUUAUGUUUUCUAGUAUACAGUAUUUUAUUGUUACUGUUGUUCCUAUAUUAAACUGCAAAACGACCAUUUUUUAUGGCAGUCUGUAUCUGAGAUGGUUUUGUCAGUUAUGAGGGAUAUGUUUGUGUACCUUGUGAUCACAAUUUGUUGGCACCAGUGUGCGAAAAACUGCAAAUUUCAGUUUGACAGUCUUGAACUUCACAUGCAGUUACAGUAAUAUUAUUUUCCAUUCAGCCAUUCAGGUGUGUAGUUUUGGAUUAAACACCAGAAAUCAACUGUCAAAUUAUUCAAAUGUAAAGGUCACAGACACCCAAAUGAAGGUCAAUGCAGCAAAAUAUAGGAAAUAUCAUAAUUGUUUAUUAUACAAAUAAUGAUUGUUUAUGAGUGCAAUGGUAAGAAUAUUUUCAUGAGGUGAAAGAUGGAAUAUGUACCAUUCAACGAGGCGACAGCCGAGUUUAAUGGAACAUUCCAUCUUUCACCGAAUGAAAAUAUUCUUACCAUUGCACGAAUAAAAACAUUCAUUAUUUGUUUUAUAUAACUUUCCUUCGCCUUCCCGUUAUUCUCCGCGCGCCCAUCAAAGAAUUUUUUCUCGUUUUCCUCUCUCCCCCCCCCCCCCCCCCCCCUUUGAAAGCAACUGGGAACGAGGCAGGUACAAUUGCACUCGCAAGAGUGCAAUGGAACGUAUUCCAUUGCACUUUUGGAAAAUGGAAUUUUCUGUUCAAUAUCACGUGACCAUAAACAGCCAAUUAAACGAUCAGAAUUCAAUAAGGUAUUAUAUAAAUGCAAAUGUUUCAUGCUGAUUUGGAAUUUUAACCCAGACUUGUUCAUUUUAGAGCUCCAUACCGCAGGGUCUUAGCUAGAGGGCCACGUUGGCCAUGUAGUCGCGGCCAAAAAUGGAAAAACACGGCUAGAUAAAAUGAACGCGGCUUCAUUAUUUAAAGGCCGUGUAGGUUCAUAAAAUAAGAUGGUGCUACUUACAACAGACAUAAUUUCUUUCUAUAUUUACGUCAUAAGAAAGUUUGUAAAAUCUAUUGUUGUUGUUGAAAUUGGCAAAAGUGAUCCGUGAUGUUUUAAUGUUUUGAUGGAUAAUGGGAACCGUAUGGUGUUAAAAUGGAUUUAAAUACCCCCAAGAGUUGCUGAAAUAACUUAAUAUUUUAAUGUGUCAGUGUAUUUGGUUGCAAAGCAUAGAACAACCGCAGGCAUUUCCCGUUGUUGUAGAACCGUGAAUUUGGAAUAUAUAUAUGGCUAUUCAAGGUAAUUGACAUGUGCACACCCUGGUCAUUUAGAAACACGCCCAUGAUCUAAAAUCCUACCUAAGACCCUGGCUCCAUAUUAAGUAUACUUAUGAUUGGGAUUUUACUGAGAAUACGAUCUUGAUCUAAACUUGUAAUAUACCCGGCAUACACUUUGGCAGAUGCACACAGGCCACACAUUUAAGUUCACAUCCCCCAAUCCAGAUAUCGCUAGUUACGUCCCUGCAUAAAGGGGAGAGUACUGCAGGCAAUAUAAAUACCUGUAUGAAAAUAUCCUGGGAACAUUUACCCAAGAUUAAGUACUCAGCCUAGAAUUUUAGGAAUUUUAUGCCACUAUAUUGAGCCACAAUUGUUAAGUAUAAUAUUUUCAUGCAUGCUAUUCUGGUAUCUCCCCCGGCCUGGACCUGAUCAAUAAUUAUAUUAUCUAAGUUCUUUGUUAGUUUGCAUGGCGAUAAAACAUAUAAUAGUUUUGUUUGUGGAAACACCACGUAAAUUUAUUACUGCAAAUUACGUAGUUAUAAUUUAUUAAUUAUUAAAUAGAGAAUAUUACAUGGGUGCGCGGAAAUACCAGAUUUAUUUCGAGUGUUGAAAAGUGACAUUUUCUGGCCAAUAAACACGCUGUACUGGCUGGCUGCUUCGCCUUCUGGCCAGUAAACUGCAUAUUCUUGCACAAAAAACGAGGACACGUUGCACCUCUAAGUGGCCUACUGGGGGCGGUUGUACGAAGGCCGGAUAGCGCAAAGCUUUCAAGCUUUGUUAAAUAAGUCGUUGAUUGGUAUAACUCGUAUUAAAAUUUAGUAUUUAUAAGUUAAAUGUUUUUUUAUACUUCUUGUGUCGUCUAUAUCCGUAGUUUCAUAGUUUUGCAAAGGUCGAAAAAUCACUUUCCAGUGGAUAGCGCUAUCCGACCUUCGUACAACCGGCCCCAGAUCUUUAUUCUGUGUCAGAAGUAAGUGGCCUUUUUUAAAUGGUGGGUUGCUGUCAAAACGAAGAUGAUUGAUUGCUAUCAAAACAAAGAUGGCUGACACACGUACCGUGAGUCAGCCAUCAUUGUUUUGACAACAACCAAUAUAGCGAGACAGAAAACGAUAUCAGUGACGAUGUCGUUUUUAUGUCAACCUGUUAAAGGCACAAGUAUGUGAUAAAAUAAAUUAUGAAUAAAGCUUGUCAAACUAUUCGUGUUUCCUAAAGAUGCAGAGGAAAGCAGCAUCCAAAACGAAGGGAUGUCAUUAAAAGUUGCAUUCAGCUCAAUCUACCGGACCUCAUCAAAUUCUGUCACUCCGGAUGCUAUGGACAAACCAAGAUCUGCGCGGAGAAGUCUUUCAUUUAAAUCUAGGAAACCUCAAGACUCAAGUCUAGGUGCUAGCCAAGCUCAAUGGAGCACUAAAGAUGAUCUGAUAUGUCUUGGAACAAGAAGACUUGGUUCCGCGAAGCACAGAUACUUACAGGUAAAUCAGUUAAGUAUAGUAUACAUCUCAGUGGUACAAAUAGAUCAUUUUCACAUGACGUCACAGAGAACCCUAGUUAUUUAUCGUUAUACCUUUAGUGUGGUUAUAAUUCAACCAGGAAGUAGGGUUGUAGCUAAACGACGUGUUACUGCUGAAAAGGAUUGAUUGUUUGAUAUGUAAAGCAUUGUAGGAUCAUAAAAUAGUUUGUUGCUAGUACUUAACAUGCAUUAUUGACAGAAUUUGCUCGAAUUUAUGUCAUAAAAUAAAACAAUUGGUAAAGGAAAAAAAAUUGGUAAAGUGCUCCGUGAUAUUUUUGUGUUACACGGCAAACUUACUGCAUGGUGUCAAAAUAUAACUUUAGAAUUUAGAUGCCGCAAGAGUUUCUAUAUAUUACUCAAUGUAUAAUAACAGUAUGAAGCAUAUGUUGGCCAUGUAUUUAGUCGAAUCACAUAAGACAACUAAAGGCAUAGUUUGGAGAACAAAACUGAAAAUGUGAGUUUGGCUGUUGUGAGUAAUUGGCAGGCACACUCCCAAAGUUUUAAAUCCUAGUUGGUACCCUGCUACGAAGUCCCGGUCAAAUAUAACCAGAUUCCUGGUUACAUAAUCAUAAUAAUAAUAGUGGGAUUUAUUUGCACGUUCAAUAGCGGAUUGACUAAAUUACAACAUGUCUAUCAGCAUUAAAAUUAUUUACAAAAUUAUUUACAUCAACUACCCCGCUGUGUGUAUUUAAAAUUACCUUAUAUAUAUUUAUAUGUGCGGUAAUAUAUGAUUAUGGUAAACGUUCUAUCUAUCCAAUUUAAAAUUGUACUCAUUAAUUGCAUAAACUAAAGGACUAUUUCUAAAUCGCUCAGUUUUACAAAAGAAGUUAUACAAUUUAUCUCCAUUUGCUCUGGUAUUUAUUUCUCUUGUUCCAAUCACCUUCUUUGGUAAUAGUCCAUGAAGUCCGUGCGAUGGUUCCAACAUAUCCUCAAUCAGGGAAGCGCAUAGUUUUUUCCUGCGUCCUUCUAAUGUCGGUAUAUAGAUUACUUUGGAUUAACGGAAGUUCAUAGUGACCAUGCAUGGCCUGGAUAAAUUUUUCUCAGGGCAUGUUUUUGAAUUCUUUCUAUCUUUUUCUUGACAGACUAUGAUAUAGGAAGCGUGAUAAUAAAAAUAAUCUGCAUGGACAUUUUAUCUGCAGUAUUAAGUUAACCCAAAUAGCAUAGGAUAAAUAUCAGGAUUUUGGCAGUGGUGGAUCCAGCAAAGGUUUUUAAGGGGGUGCUGGGCGAGUAGCCAAACACAACGUACCCAGCAUCUACUAGUUUCGUGCAUCACCACCACAGCUACCAGUAAGGACCAUGAAAGCAAUUAUUAUAUCUUAUUGGAUUCUUCUGAGCCCAAUAUGGCAAAAUAUUAAGUCGAGACUUCAAUAUUGGGCGAGACCGAAGGUCGAGCCUAAUAUUGAAGUCGAGACUUAAUAUUUUGCCAUAUUGGGCGAAGAUGAAUCCAAUAGGAGUUUUAUUAUAUCGAACAAAACACUUCUAUAACAAAAAUUGUCAAUAAGCGAUAAAAUAAAUACAACGAGUCUAAUACAGCGACAACAUUACUACAUAUAUCGGCGGCGAAUUUGCUUAUUAAAAUAACUAAACAAAAAGUUAAUAAACCUGUUUUUACAAAUAUGUGUGCAUAAAUAAACUCAUUUCCAUGUAUGUUUAAAGGAAAUGUGACCUAAUUUUAACGAAAAAGAUAAUAUUACUAACUUUUAGGCUGUUGCAAAUAAAUAAAUUUCGCGAAGACAAGUUUUCCCGCGCUUUUAUAAUUUUAAACAAAACUGGUAGAAAAAACUGUAUUAAUGUCCCAAAUUCUUUUCAUUAUUCUGCCAUAUCGUUUGUCGUAUGUUUGAAAUUGACAAAACAUCUGAAAAGGGUUGAAAAACCAUGAAAAAAGCCACAAUUCGCAACUAUCCAAUAGGUUCCUGUCCAAUAUCGUAAAAUAUUGGAUCGGCACGUGACCCUCUCAACGAUUACUGAUUGGUUAAGUGCGCGUGAGUGUAUAAUAAAUGCGUUUAGUUUGCCAAACUAACCAAAAUAUAUGCGUACUAGGUCAGCGAGAGGCAGUGGUGGUGGAUGCCAAUUCCAAACCUCGCUAUUAUUAAAAACAGCAAGAGAUUGGAGUAGCAAGACUAAUCAUAUAUCCAAAUUUUCAUGCCAGAAGCUAAGUGGUACAAGUCGCUUGCUUUUAGCCGAUCCUUGUAGUUUUACAAUCGAAUGGUUGGUUUAAGAUGAACUUUGUUGCACGACGCUGUACUCGUUCCACUUCCUUGAUUAAUAGUCUGAGGCGCCCAAAUCUGGGUGGCGUAGCCAAGGUGUGGUAGUACAAUUGCUAUAAGAACAGACAUCUUCUUGUUCUACGAUUUCUUAUUUCCUUUGACGAUCUUGUGAGAAAACCCAAAAGUUUAUUUGUUUCUGAGCUCUGUUCAACAACUUGCGCAUGCGUUGUUCCAGGUCAAUUCACUCGAUACCCAUACACCAAGAUCCUUUUCUUGGUUCACAGCAGUGAGUAGUGAAUCGUUAAAAGCGUGAGUAGUGAAUCACUAUAAAUCUGAAUGUAAAUCCCCGAUUUUGUGAAAGAGAAAAUGGAAAUUUUCCCCAUUUGAAUAUUUCAUUGCUUUUUAAUUCUUAUUUUCAUUAUCAAAUACUUAUAAUGUUAGACGUUUGCAGCAAAAUUAAGAAUUCUUAGACGGAUAACAAACUUCGAAUAUAUCAAACAUUUUUGCCCUCCCCCCUUGCACCCAUGUUGACCAAGGCCAACAGGGGUGCACACCCCCUUCAAAUCCACCACUGAAUUUUAGGCUAAACUCGAUAUACACCAACUAAUUGUAGAAGGGUUUGUACAUUUGAAGUUUCUAUCUCCAAAACCCUUCUAAACGAUUAACCCAAAUGGUGUUAUUUCUACCGGGUGUCCCAAAAAAAACUGGGCACUGUUUGAUUUCAUGUAACGUAAAAGCUAUAAAAGCUAUCGCAAUGACAUAAAGAUCAUUGCAUUCAGAAAGGCCUAACUUUCUGCGCUAUCGAUGUUUGAACGUUGAACUAUAAUUAACAAAUAUAAAACAUUUUCCGUGUUGAUAUACAGUUAUAUCAACACGAGUGGAAAUUGGGAAACCGAGAAAUUGUGUGGAAACACGACGCCCGAAGGGCGGAGUGUUUUCACGCAAUUUCGAGUUUUCCCAACUUCCACGAGUGUUGAUAUAACGAUAUAUCAACACGGAAAAAUUGUUUUAUAUUUGUUUUAUAAUAUAGCAAUGUCAAAAGCCCGAAGAAUAAGAAAAAAUUCCGCGUUUACAAGCGGCGGAAAAUUUCCCGUGUUGACAUGGAGUUAUAUCAACAUGGCUCUUAGCCAAUCAGCGUUCAGAAUUUACAAAUGCUAUAUUAUAAAUCAAAAUCUAAGUUAGUCUUUUCUGAAUGCAAUGAUUUUUAGUGCAUUGCGAUAGCUUUUAUAGCUUUUACAUUACAUGAAAUCAAACAGUGUCCAGUUUUUUUGGGGAAACUCGGCAGGAUAGCGCUAUCCACCGGACUGUGAUUUUUUCAUCCGUUGUAAAAUGCUUGAAAAGGUAUAAAACUACGAAAUUAUAGAUCCCACAAUUAAUAAUCCGGUGCAUGCCUGGAUGGCGCUUCUGGCCAUCGUACAACCUACCCCAGAAAAUUUUAAGCAGAGUGUUUUAUAUAGCGUUUGUAACUUCGAUCUUUUUAGAGCUGGACCAAUGAGGAAAUAACAGAUGACAAUGAAUUAUACGAUGAUGAUUAUAUUUCGGUAGAACCUUCAAGUGUUACCGAUCUACAACUCUCGUCAUCGUGUCUCUUACUACAACACCAUAAAGACUUCAUACGCUGUCUUCCCGUGCAUCUCUCUAAGUUUGUUCUAAGUUACUUAGAUAAAGCAAGCUUGGUGAACUGUUUAUGCAUUAGUAAACAUUGGAGGAUGUUGUGCGAGGAAGUUCAGCAAGAUGUCUUUGUCCAUCAGAUUAUGAUGGAAGAAGUUAUGAUGAUGCAG